AGUGGGGGUGUAAAAAAAAGAUUCUUAGGGUGAAGGUUGGAUCUAGUUAUGAUUUAGGUAUCUCAAUUUGCCGCUCUUCCGCUGCGCCGCCCCCUUAUCGUCACCACAAAACCUAAGACACUCAAUAGAUCUUAACUUGGUAACCACUUUCUCACGGCAAGGGCUGUUUGAACUUUGAACCGCCGCCGUCAACCGUCUGCCACUGCCAGAGUUCAUUUGGACAAAAGACAAUGGGGGAGUAGAGGAUUCUAUAAACCUUGGGAGCUGUCAUCUAUACAGGGAUUAUAGUGUUACUUGCAUUAUUAAUUUACUUAGAUAACAAGACACAUAGGAUGGAACCCAGUAGAGAGCAAAGAAAAAAAUUAGUUUGUCACAGACCAAAGGAAGGUAUUAAAAAUACUAUGAAUACUGAGUCAACUGUAUUAGAUGAAGCAAAUAGUGAUAAACAACCCCGUAGAGAGAAAAGAAAAAGAAAAAGAAAAAAAUUAGUUUGUCGCAUACCAAAGGAAGGUAUAAAAAAUACUAUGAAUAAUGAGUCAACUGCAUUAGAUGAAACAAAUAGUGAUAAACAACCCCGUAGAGAGAAAAGAAAAAAAUUAGUUUGUCACAUACCAAAGGAAGGUAUAAAAGAUACUAUGAAUACUGAGUCAACUGUAUUAGAUGAAACAAAUAGUGAUAAACAACCCCGUAGAGAGAAAAGAAAAAGAAAAAAAUUAGUUCGUCGCAUACCAAAGGAAGGUAUAAAAAGUACUAUGAAUACUGAGUCAUCUGUAUUAGAUGAAACAAAUAGUGAUAAGCAAGUUUCUCGUAGUAAUGAAUUGAGGAAAUUAUAUAGGCAAAAAACUUUGCAAAUUUCUACAGUUAGACCAUCAAUUGUGUGUUUGAAGAAAAAGCUUAUUAUUCUUGAUCUAAAUGGGCUGCUUGUGGACAUAGUUUCUCCCCCUCCAAAGUACCGUAAACCAGAUGCAAUGGUAGGAAAGAAAGCAAUGUUCAAGAGGCCUUUUUAUCUUGAGUUUCUGAACUUCUGCUUUGAGAAAUUUGAAGUGGCUGUAUGGUCUUCAAGAACCAAGAAAAAUAUUAACAAUGUCAUUAAUCGUUUGAUGGGAAACAUGAAAGAAAGGUUGCUUUUUUGUUGGGAUCUUUCUUAUUGUACCAAAACAAGUUUCAAAACUCUUGAAAACAAGCAGAAGCCACUGGUUUUUAAGGAUUUGAGGAAAAUUUGGGAGAAACAUGAUUCUAAUCUUCCAUGGGAGAAGGGAUACUUCAAUCAAUCAAAUACAUUGCUGUUGGAUGAUUCUCCGUACAAGGCAUUGCUUAAUCCACCAUACAACUCAGUGUUCCCGCGCACGUUCAGAUUUCAGAAUGAAAGUGACAAUUCACUAGCUGUUGGAGGUGAUCUGCGACAAUAUUUGGAUGGAUUAGCAAAUGCUGAAAAUAUGGUGAAGUAUGUUGAGCAGCACCCAUUUGGUCAAGAAGCUAUCAAUGAACGAAGUCAAAGUUGGAACUUCUACCUCAAGGUUAUUGAUAGUCUUUCUACCUGUUAACCUGAAGAGUGAAAACCGUGUUCGUCAACUUGGAUAUCAAUGUUUACUUUGCUAGCUAAACAAGUCACAGUGGUUUUUCAAAGAAAUGGAACUAUAAAAGUCUUUUUAUUUUUUGUUAAAUUAUUCAAUUGGUCUCUAAAUUAUUUGGAAAAUUUCAAACAAGUCCCUAAAGUUCUUUUUUUGGAUCCAUAGACUAAAAUAGCAGGUCCCUAGGAUUAGUUUAUUACCAGCUAAGAAAAUGGCAAUUUAUGGAAGUUUAUAAGUUUUAGGAAUUCAACUAAAAAAAACUUAAUUUAGGGACUUGAAAAUUAUCAAACACUUAACCAACUGAGUAAUUUAACCCUUAUUUUUCUCAUCAAUAGUGCAGCAUUUUUUUUUCUUUUCAUUUUUGAACAUCUUGUAAAACAUCUGUAAGAAAAGCUGUAACAGCAAACUGGCUAUUGGAAGGAAUACAGGAGGGUGAGACCUCAACAGUCAAAACUGAAGUAAUGUUUAUCAUUUUUAAUGUUAUUUCUAUUAGUAUUUUUUCAA